CAUCGCUCGUUCGAGACUGCUCUGUCCUUGGUUAUCCCCGCAAAUGCCCUCCUUCGUUUACUGAUUCUCUCAGCCCUCUAGAGGUUGCUUCUGCCACGCUCUCUACUUGCUUUCGGCCUCACUAGGCGUCCUCGUUCACUGGUAUCACAGCAAACGCGUGGUGGUCGCCGUUGUCUGGCUCCUGGGCGCCAACGCGUUUUGCUACUCCAAGUCCUCUCCACCGACGACCCUCUUCUUUCUCAGCCAACUGACGUCCUCUCGUUGUGCGUACAACCAUGUCCUCGACAACUCGACCGAGACCCCCGCGAGAGCGGCCUCAGCCCAUCGACAAUCGCGGCUCGAUGCUGCGAGCGUCAAUCCUCGAGAGCGCCUUAGAGCUUGGCGUAGGUAGCGGGGGCACCGUUGCGAAGUGGAUGUUCAGUCCUGUAGAGGAGGGCGAUGAGGACAUCGAUGCAGAGACGGCGGCAUCACCAAGCUUGACCUAUGCAUCGACUGCCACUUCCGAAGAUUCCUUUCUCUCCAACGCCCAAUCUCCACGAAGCCAGCCCGGCGCUGGUAUCUUACUUUCACCACCAAACCGGGUAGGCAUCGUCCAAUCCUCGACAUACGCAUCCCGCGAAGGCCUUUCUCCUAUUAGUGAGGGCGCGCAGCGCCUACAGUUUGACCUCAGCGUAUCACCCGAGCCACGGCUCGUCUCGCCUAUUCCUCCAUCAGGGCUGGGUAACAAACUUCGCAAACUCCGGCUCAACACGAAUGGAGACGAAAGCGAUGGAGGUUACAUCAGCGAGGCGGGUAAAGGCAAGAAGGAGAAAACCAAGAAGAGCAAGAAGAAGGCGAAGGAUGACGGGAAUGGGACUGAGGACGAGAGCGAUGGGGGUUACUUCUCGGAGGCGAGCAGGAAGCGGCGCAAGAAGAUGAAGAAGGAGAAGAAGGCUGCAAAGGAGAAGAGGGCCGAGUCACCGGCCACCGACUACGAGACAGACGGUGGUGGUAUAGGCCGCGCGAAGACCAAGAAGACGCGGGGCCGGAAGGCAUCGAUCAUGUCCCCUGGCACUGGCGACGAGAGCGACGGCGGGAACUUAUCAGAGUCCUCCGCGAAGAAGAAAGGCUUCUUCCGUCUGAACCCACGCUCACGCAAGAAACGCGAUGCAGACGGCUCGCCCUCCCAGGAGGUCCCGCCCGUGCCUGCGUUGCCUACUAUGCCUCACCCGAUCGCCGACCACUUCAUUCGUACUCUCACCCCGAACAUGCCGGAGCUAUCGCGCACUACGUCCGAUACGUCUCGCACGACGUCCGAGUGGUCCCGAACGACAACAGAAACGGAGCGUACUGCUACUCCCGUAACUAGCUCGGUACAUACUCCCGACGAGGCCAGCCUGAUAUCCUACGCAUCCACGGAGCCCGAUGCGGGAUCGAUCAUCGCCCGCGAGGGACUCACAAAGGCAUUCGGGGAUGCAAAAUCCAUACACAGGCCGAGUUAUGACGUGCUUGCGACAUUUCGGAAUCCAUCUCCUAUGCGUCCUGCACCCAACCAGCCUGAGGACGCGCAGAGCCCAUUAUCGCCAUCGUCUCAUCCGUUCUCCCGGACAUAUGACUCGCGGGACCAAUCCAGCCCCCCGAAGACGAAGGGCACAAAGCCUGUCAUCUCCGCACCUAACACCGCAAUGCUGAGUGCAAAACACGUUCCUGCGCCGCUGGUGCUCGGCUCGCCAACCUCUAUUCGCUCCCAAACCGCCCAGCAGUACCCGUUCACACCCGGGUCGGACUAUGUCAUGGUCACGCCGCAGGCUACACCAACGCCUAAUCAAUCAAUGCAGCGACCCGCCGCGCCCUCCGACUUAGAGGCUGCACGGCCCGACUCCGAGUUUCUGCUGCCCUCCCCGAGCCGAAGAGGGUUCAAUGAUAACGGCCCACCAAGCCCCAGUGCCAGUCAAUCCUCUCUUCGCCCGCAGGUAGCUGCAUACUACAACAUCCCGCCACCAACGCCGCCACCACAAGGCCCACUCCCAGAUGUUCCCCCAGAGUUGUCGAGGCCGCCCUAUGCUGCGUCCCCCGAGCUCUCGCGCACCGUCUCCGCGGACGACAUGCGGGCACGCAGCCCGCUCGCCCGGUCACCCCUCUCCGCGACCCGCGCGAAUCCUCCAACUCGUGCUCUGCCUCUAGCGCCGAUGUCCGCGCCCAUGCACUCCGCGCGGUCUGCGUCCGAGUCAGACGCGAGGUCACCAUCCCCGCCUGGGGCCGCGCUGUCCGUGCCAGUCAUCUCCGAGCCCGUUCCGCGGACGCAGCGCGGACGCAUCUCGCCGUUCCCCGCGUCGCCUGUGCUGCCUUCACGAGCGCUGUCGCCUAUGUUCUCGCGCUCGGCGUCGCCUGCGCUCAUGACGCCGCCGGUGAGUGCAAACCCAGCCUUGAGCCCCCGUGCAGAGCGGAUGGCACGGUAUACUGGGAACAAGCCUGGGUCUGCGGAUGGGUACAUGCCGUCGGGCAGCUGGCGCGAUCCCGGGCGCCUCGAUGCACAGUGGGCACCGCGUUCGAACUCUUCGCUCGAACAGCGGAGACCAGACGCGUUCGACGCGCCGUCCGUACGGAAGAAAGUCUCCUUCGAGGACGAGCGGCCCUCCAUGGACGAACCUGAGGACGAGCUCGUCUACGCCGGGGAGCGGUCAGAGCUGCACAUGGGCGAGGAUUCAGAUAUGGAGGACGACGCGGAGCACGUCGUGGAUGACGACCGCUCGCUGUACCCCGAAGACGACGACCGCUCGCACUACGGGGACUCGCGCCCGGGGACGAUGUACUCCGAGGGCGAGGGCGAACGGUAUAGUAUGUACAGCCAGUCGGACGGGCGGCGCAGCUUCUUCGACGAGGACAAGAGCGCGGCUACGCGCGAUCGGUUCGUGAAGCAGGUCGAGAAGAUGUACGGCGAGUACAAGGUCCCGCCCGUGCCAGCACUGAGUCCACAGCAACUGAAUCGCGGCGUCGUUGGUUGAGGAUGCGAUGGCUGCUCUUAUGAUUGCCUUCUCUUGUUCGUCCCAUGGACAGGUCUUGCGCCCGGUACUUAUUGGUUCUGGCCGGUCCGGUACAUAUAUCUUGGUCGUCGUGUCGCUUCCUUCGCUGUUCGUAUGGCUUUCCCGUUAACGGACUCUCCCUCCUUCGGUGUAUUGUGAGUGUUUUCUGUGUUCGAUACCAGCGCGACUCAUCAUGUGUGUCUUUCGCUGUAGAUCAUUACCAUGCCCUCGUACAUAAUAUGUAGUAGGCUAUGAAGAUGGCGCCUCGUAAUCAUUGAGCCGUGGGGCUAAGGCAGAUAGCGGGACCAGCAACAACGCAAAGCAUGAAUUGAUGAUGCAACGUCAACUAGCAUAUAAUUCGUGCUAUGGCAUUACAACUGUGGUCCGAUCAAUCCCAGUUCCUUGACCACCGUCUCCAAUACCACAUACGGUUUGACCAAUCUG